AGGACUGAAAAAAUAUUAUCCAGCACAGUUGAUUCCUCUACAGUUUUGAAAUCAUGAUGUGAUUUUAACUGUGGAUCUUGGGGUCAAUGGGUGUACUACAGUAAAUUAUCAUUUGUAUAUUGCAACCCAAAAUCUAUGGAAACUAAGAAUUAAACCUUUCUGCUACUAUAGAUCUUGGAAGUGAUGCACCCAACCAAUCAGUUAGUCCUUGAUCUGUUAUUGGAUUUUGAUUUAUCCCUUUGAAGAGCAGGUUUUUUUUAAUGUUUUGCAGUGUUCUAGAAUUCCAGUAGUGAUUGUUGCAUCAGUAUUACAAAGUUCAGUUAAGAACAUUCUAAUCAUAUAUUUGUGAUCUUAUGCCUUAAAUGGGUAAAUUGUAACAUUUUUCAUUAUUACUGGCUUUGAAGUGGUGUUACAUUCUCAUCAUGCUUGAGCUAGUGGGAUAUCAAUAAUCAUUAAAAGUGAUAAACACAGUUUGUGUGUGUGUGUGGGAGAGAGGUAAGGGAGAAAGGUGAUUAUUUAUUUUCACUAUUGAAUUUAUCUGCUACAUCAUCGAUUGAUGCAAAUAAUUAAUUACAGGCCAUAAUGAUAUUAUAUUUUAUUGUGAAUGGGAAAAAAUAAAGUAAGGGUCACUAUUUGGAAAUAUCAAAUCCAUUAAGCUCAGUUAACUGAAAGAAAAUGACACAAUUCAGUGAAACAAGGCAGAAGUCUAAAAUUCCAAGCAAUACUUUUGUUAGAUUGUUAUAGAUCAGAAUCUGGAAUUAUUUAACUGAUAGUUGUGUCAGUCAAUUGGUAGACUAAUUACUAAUGCCCCUUCAUGGGAAAAAAAAUCUUUGGACAUAUUCUAUUAUUAUAUAAUGGGGUCUAUAACUUAUAACUACAAGGUGGACCACAGCCAACAGUUGUCCCAGUCCAACCCCCAUCUGUAGCCCUGUCUACGAGUACUACAACUGACUGUUCACUCAUUAAUUCAAAUUACGUGUGGCCUGGGUAGCUAAUAUAAUAUAACAUUAUAAUAUAAUAUAAUGCAAUUUUGGCUUUCUCCAUGGAAAUUUCCCCCACACACAUGGAAUUCAAAGCUUAUGACCAUGAAAUGCACUUUUGUACGUCGCUUUGGAUAAAAGCAUUUGCCAAACGUAAUGUAAUGUAAUGUUAUGUGAAGCCUGAAGAAAACACUGCUCUACAGUACAUUUCAUGACAGGGAAGAGUCCUCUACACAUGUCAGCAUAGUUGUUUAUUUCAAUCAAUCAAUCUUUUUUGUCCCAUGGGGGAAAAUUUGGUCUGUAGCCAGGGUUUACAACAUUUGCCAACAACUACAUAAAAAUUGACAAGGGCAACCAUAAAACAAUAAGACAAUAAAAUGAUAAACAAUAAAUAAUAACAAAACAAUAAAAACACAGAUAUUGCCAGAAAUUGGCAAAAUUCCCACAAGCCUGGAUUUAGCUACAAAGCAUGCAAAAAUGCAAUGUUUUUUCUCACAUACAGCCUACAUUUUCUCUAAACCACACAUAUAUCAGGGCCAUAACCUCAACUGAUCUUGUUUAUAUUACCCCACUCAUAUGCUGGAAUAUUUCCAUAAAUCUUACGUCCUGACGCAGUGAAGAGGAAGUCCUGCAUGUAAAAUCGUCUAAUCGUCUCCUGCUCCUGUUCUUGCUCACAUUGGACGCCGACACGGAAAAUUGCUGGUACAUUUACAGGUUAUGAUGUAUGUGCAAAUGCCCAAUGACUGCAACGGGCGUCCGAUCGACUAGCGGGGGUCGCUGAAGAGCUAGAUGAAACGCCGACCCCUAACCGAUAGAGUCCUCCCAUAUCCUGGGUAUGGGCCCAUAACUUGAUCAGUCAAACUGAUGGGUUUUGUUUGCUAGUUUCAAUAACUGUGUCGUUAUUGGUACCACGGAUUAAAGCUGUCAACAUGCGUAACAAAACCCGAGUUCGUAGAACAUCGACACCACAUGAAUGUUAUCCUGGGACCAUUUUGAUUCCGUCUGUGGCCACCAGGUGGAGCUUUUUUUUUUUUUUUUUUUCCAAAUUGAGACAGGGAAACACCAAUAAAUAUGGCGGCUGCGGGCCCCGCCAAGUCCCCAAGUGGACUUAUUGGACAGCGGGAAAAACAGAAAAGCAGGAACGGGGCCAAGGAUGAACAGCCAGAAGAAAAAGAAACUACACGGUUACUAACGUUGGAGGAGGCCAGGUGCCCGGUGUGUCAUGAAAUCUUCCUGGAACCCGUUACUAUGCCUUGCAGACACUCGGUGUGUCUACCCUGUUUUAAGCAAGCAGUACAGUUUACCAGUCUGUGCUGUCCGCUCUGUCGGCUCCGAGUGUCCAGCUGGGCCCGCAGACAGUCCCGGGAGAAGGGCCUGGUAAACACCGAACUUUGGGAUAUGGUCAGACAGAGUUAUCCCGAGAAAUGCAAACGGAGAAUGGAGCGACAAGAGGGAGAAGAAAAAAUAUUCUGUUCCCCUGCCCACAUUUGUAAACCAGGAGACAUCCGACAGGACUAUGAACUGCAAAAGAAUAAGGUGGUAGUGAAAGAGGAGAAGAAGAGAACACAGCCUCACCAGAAAAUGGAGGAAUGUGGAAUACCAAAGCACUUUCAAGACUCUAUCUUUGGGGUGUUAUCCGAUCUGGAGAACGAAGAGCCGGCCGGAAGGAGGAGCAGGCACGUGUCUGCGUUCGUGCGCAAAACCAGGAGCUCUCCAGCCUCCAGCCGAAUCAGUCUGCAGAACAGGGUGGUGCAGCGGAGCAGAAGCUGUACCGACGGUGAGGAGGGCCGGGCGAAGGACGGCUGCCCGCCACGGCUGUCUGCUAUGGCAGAGGCUUCCAUUGCCUACAGCUACAACGCGGGGAUCCUGCUGUCGACGGAGAACAGCCGGUCCCUCUCCGCCCCGGCCCUCGCCUCCGAGAGGAGGCUUCCCUGGCGGGGCAUCGCCGUGGCGACCGCCUCCAAACCGGAGCGGUCCAUCAGCCCCGAGAGCAACGACAGCAUCUCGGAGGAGCUGAACCACUUCAAGCCCAUCGUGUGCUCCCCCUGCACCCCGCCCAAACGGCUGCCGGACGGGCGCUUCCUGCAGCCCACCGUGGUCAAGUCCACCCCGCGGAACCUGAGCCGCGGCCUGCACAAGCCCACCAGCUACGAGGCCAGCCCCACCAUCCUGCAGAAGUGGAGGCAGAUCGAGACGGACCGGCAGCUCAGCAGGGUGUCCUCCCGAGGAACCGGCACCAGCCCCGCCCUCCAAGACUCCGCCCCCAGGCGGAGCCCCGCGGAGAGGGGCAGGAGGAGGCCGGACGCCUCGGGACGGGGCGCGCUGAAAGAGCGGGACACGGGCAAGGUGUGCAAUAAGAGGAGGCUGAUAUUCGAGCGUCCCGCCGGGGAACAGAGCCCCCCUGUGAAACGCCUGGCCAAGGCCCGGACCCCGCCCGCCCUGCGGAGGGGCGCCGGCUCCUGCGAGGAGUCGGAGGAGCAGGAGGCGCGGGACGGCGAGCGCGUGGGGGCGCGGGACGGGCCCAUCCUGCUCCUGUACAGCAAGCGCAGCGACCCCAGACCGCCAGAGCCGCCGGAGCAGAGGAUCAACCCCGGCCCCAAAAACAGCCUGAGGGGCACGCCCGCGUCCCGCAGGGGCAGGAAGAGGAACCAGAAGACCAAGCACCUGGAGGCGUCGGGGCGCGCCCGGAGGGUCUGCGACGGCGAGCGGCGGGCGGGGCGGCUGUACGAGCGCUCGCUGCAGCAGGAGCAGCAGGACCGCCAGCUCGCCCUCAAGCUGCAGAGACAGUUCAACAUGGAGGCGGGAAAGAGCAGCCCCGACCGGUACCUGCUGCGGUCCUGGGCCUUCCCCGACGGCCACGCCGAGUACAGCCCGCGCAGGUCCGUCAGGAUCUCCAAGAAGAGCUAGCGCCUCGGCUACAGCCCGCUUUAGCCUGGACUGCGUCUCGGGUCAGUCAGCCGACACGCUUCUCCACGCUUCAGCCAUUUUCUCCUGUUUAGGCACUUAAAUUAGUCCUGCGCGAUGAAGAGCUGAAGGUGAAUGAGGAUGGAAACUCCUAUAAGUAUUUCUAUUGCACAGGGGGCAUGUUUUCUUUGGUUUUUUUUUUAGUUAUCUAAUUUUUAAAAUGUCAUAAUGACUUUGCCGUUAUAUUGUUUUUUUUUGAAGGUCAUAAACUGAUCUAUUCAGUUGCAAAUACUAGAGAUUGAUCAUGUGUAUUUUAUCAGACGUAACGAGAAGCUUACAUUUACCAUAAAUGCAUUUAACAUCAUCUCAAAAAAGAUUUUUUUUUGUUGAUAAUUUGCAGAAUUAGUUUAAUGUUUGUGGGUGGUAUGGGUCACCUGUGGUUAUUCCUGAAAGAUCUGUUCUAAUCUACAACACACGCAUAUAUUUUGUUUUGUGAACCUUUUUUAAAAAAAUUUGGGUAACGUACACCAAAAAGACUGAUGCAUUGGAGGUGCCCAGGUACAGGAAGCAGAUAGGACUUAGUAAUGACAGGAAGCAGAUGGGACUUAGUAAUGACAGGAAGCAGAUGGGACUUAGUAAUAACAGGACAUAUAGGACUUAGUAAUGACAGGACAGAUAGGACUUAGUAACAACAGGACCGCUAACCUGUGUGAAUAAAGGUAGACACCAAAGUGCACAGCGCCUACCAAUAAUGAACAGUGGCUAAGUUGGCUGCCAAUCAUACGGUUGCUAUGGGGAGCAAAGGUUUUGUAUUGGUUCUUACAAGAAAUCAAUUUAGCACAUCUGAAAGCCCUGCAUAAUGGGCUUUGAGAAGUCUCACUCUUCCACCACUAGUGUCACCCCUGGCAACAGGCAGCCCUGGUCACAUGGGUAAAAUAACAACACAGUUAACCGCAUCUUCCAAAAGGACAGGACGGGGAAUUUCCAAAAACAUGGGUAUGAAAGUGUACAACAAAGACAUUUUAGCGUAGAGGGUGUGUAUGUAUAAAUGUUAGUGUGUCUAAAAAUGAAUAUUAAUACUUGUGUCAUGGCCUAGCGUUUUUAGUUUUAUGAGGGAGCGAUCUUCUGUACAAACUCAUGACCAUGUUUGUAUACCUGUGAUAAAGGGAAUGCAGGCUCACAGGAGCAUUUUCACCCUGUUCACUUGUCCAGAUUGAAUGUAAGUCUCACAAGUUUAAUGUUUACUGCACACGUCUUUUCAGUUUUUGAAAUUAUUUAAUACCCCAAUGUUGUCGCAUUUGAAACAAUUCGUAUUUUUUUCCCCUUCACGUUUUCUUUGGUCUGAUGCAACUUUCAGCUCUGCCACGCCCAAAAAUAUUUUGGCCCGUCCUUGUUACUCAUCGGCUCUGAUUCUGGUGACAGACGUUUGGCUCUGUCACCUCUCUCCUUCCUCUCUGCUCGCCUUCCAGUCCUUCCUGCAUUAGACGUGAGGUCACCUCACAGCCCUUUACCUGAAUGGGAAAUUCAGAGGUUAGUGUGUGGAACCACCUUUUAUUUAAAAAAAAACUCAUAUUUGCUGAGUUCAUCAGCUUUAUGAUUUCUAAAAUGUACAGUGGGUGAAGUGUUCUUCACGACUGUUGUGAAGGACCACAUAAGCUGGUCUGCGCUCUCUUUGCUUCGUAUUAAAAUUAAUUAUUGACUCAUUGGUAAAAUUAAUUUGAUUACUCCUCUCCGGUGGUAAAAUGAUUGCGGUAAAAAGAGAAUCAGCAUUAUAGUUCUUCAUAAAAUGCAAGGCUGUUACUUAGUUUCUAAAUGCAUGGAUUACUGAUGGAUCGGUGUGACACAGAUGAGCCGCUUGGAUUCUAACAUCGCCCUGUAAAUCGCUACGAAGUCAAUUCAACAUUUACAUGUAGGUAUUUAUUAGAUGCGUAUCCAAAUAGGAACGGACUAUCUUUACACAUUAUUUGAAUGGAACUGUCAACAAAGUACGGAACGGUGUCUGUGUACUCCCAAGAAUGAGAAUAUAAUGUACGAGUAUUGUUAUUUUUGUCACAAUCUGAGUUAGUGUUCAGUGGUUGAAAAAUGAUGUGUGUUUUCAAUGAGACCCCCCCCACCCCCAGGAAAUUAAUGUGGAACGAAGGUUAAAAGGAGAGCAAUCCAGUUUUACCAACGUCAUUAUUCAAGACUGGCAGGUUUCAUAUUAAUGUAAAAAAAAUCAUGGCUUUGAUUAUUCAGAAUGAAAAAUGCCCUUGGUUAUUGUGUCUGCUUAUAUUUUCUUUUACAUUCUUCAUGCCUCCAUGUUGAAGCUUUUGCCAGUUAAGAGUUAAUGGGGAAGUUUUUCUAUGAUGUUUAUUUGGGGAAUUGUUUGAAUGAUCAUGGUGUUAUAAUUCCUUUUGACUUUUAAAGUGCACAAAUAACUUUAUCUGUAUCUAUAUACGUAUUUUGACCACAUACCAAAUUCACCACUAUAAAUUUCACCUGAAUUCUUUUAUAAACCUAGAAAAAAAAUUGAUUGGUUAUGUGAUUGUAUUGAAACCCUACUGUAUGUUUUCUGUCAAAAGCUUCAAAACUACUUAUGCAGUUGCCAUUUUUAUUAGUUAAAAUUAUUUACUAACUGCUGUGGUCACUUAGAUUUAAGUUAUUUUGACUUGGAAGUGUCCUCGCAGUGGGGUAGGUCAGAGAAGGCUAGUGAGAAACUCAAAAACACUCUCGCAUCAGUUUUUGCUUUCGUUUUCACCAUUAAUGAAAAAGGUAAAAAAUAUUGGCAAUACUUUUUUAUUUUCUUUUGCUGUGUUGCUAGUGGUUAAUCCAGCAACAGUUGAGGAACUGGCCAAUGAGGUGACUUUGAGUACUAGAGUACCUUUAAGUGCUCCAAUCAGCAACCUGAUAGCACAGGUGUUCCUGGGAUAACGUUCAGUACAGUAGCAGGCCAUGAGUAGUGUUUAGAGCUGACUGAUUUCUACACAAACAUUACAGUCGCAUUUGUGUUCUGCUUUUGUUUAUAUUUCAUAGUUUGUUUUUUUUCUCUCGUGUCAGUGUAGGAUGCUCUGUGCCGGCAGUUUGGCCUGUCCUAGAGAUGAUCUGAUAUAAAAAUAAAAACUGAAGCAUAUUUCUCCCCUGUUCCCAGUCACAGCUUUUAGAAAAUGGAAAAAUACCGACCACUGUGUCUUGCCUUGCGUUUUUGCAACACUGAACUAUGCAUCAGGGCAGAAACGUGCUGGAAUCCCAGCAUUUGGCCGAACCCUUUAAUACCUGCCAGCCAGCUCUGAUCCCAGAAGGAGUUCCGAAUCUGACUAAUUCAUAUUUGUUGCUUUUUUGUCUAACGGUCUUUCAAGGGCUAUAGAUAUAAUUUGACCUUCUACUUUUACUUUCUGUUAAAGCUUUUAAAAACAUGUCAUGUUAGUCUGCCGUCUGCCAAAAUGAGCUUUAAUUAUGUCAAAUGUUUAAAUGCUUAGCUAACAAUUAUUUAAGGUGUAAUGAAUAUGCACAAAUGUGUACGCUGACAUAUGGGCACAUACAUAUAGGCCUACUCACUGUAUAUAGGUUUAUUUUGAUAUUUCAGGAGCAAGUAAACUAGGUUUGUGCCAAAGUGGAUUCUUUCCUACGGUUGUGGUGGUGGCGGUGUGAUUUAAAAUGGCAAUUUGGGUUUAUAAGCACAGAAAUGUGCUUGCUGUUAUCACACCCUCAUCAAAAACAGACAGCAGAUAUAUUGAGAUGUACUUGGUUUUUUCCUUACCAACUGGUAUAGCACUGCAGCUCAAUUCCAUUCACAAAUUUUCACUGGUUUCCUUCCAGCAUAAAGCCUGGCAGUGAUCCAGUUUUAGGGAAUAAACCGUGGACUUUCAGAAACAGAGCCCCUGUCAGUAGUGCAGUUGUGUUAGCGCUCCAUACCCCCACUUUUGUUGGGGGGGGGGAUCUUCCAACAUUCUGCAAAGUAUAUAUUGCUGCUUUUAUUAGAUCCUGACAGAGAAGUUAGUUUCACAGUCCGAUGUUCUUCACACUGUGCGUUCAUUUUGAUUGCAUUUGGGAAAUGAAAUCUCUCCGACUGCUUGGAACAGUGUGUGCAGGUGCACUGUGUGAGGAGGAACAUACUGAAUCAUGUUGUUUUAAGGAAUGUGUGAAUGCAUUCAAAGGCAUCUAGGGCUGUUGCUUGAAAUGAUUAGAUUGACAACACAAUUACAAUAUCCUGUUGUGUGACUAUUUAAUUGACUUUUAAAAUUCAAGUUUCGAGGGGAAAUUUUACAUUUGUAUUUUAUUGAUGUCAUCAUGGAAAGUGUUGUUCGUUGAGCAUAUUCAAAGCAAAUGACCAAUAUACCUGAUUUGAGAAUGUUGUAUAUACAGGCAAAGCAAUUUCCAUGGGUUUAAGGUUUCAUUUGCACAACCCUAGAUGCCGUUGAAAAUUUCAGUUUUGAGUCGGGGGGGGGGGGGGAAUGUAAGCAACUGGAUUUUUUUCCCCAGGUCUUUAAAGCUUGUGUCUUCCACUUCUUGUCACAAAUAAUUUCGCAAAUUAUCUGGCAUAGACAGUAUAUUUUUAUUCAGAUUUUCUUUUUUCAUUAACUAUCGCAAGUGUUGAAAGCAUGUUGAGGGUUUUUUUUUUUUUUUUGUACACACACUACUUCAGUAAUGUCCUGUAAUUAUGUAACAUACUGUAAUAUGUUGGUUUAUUUAAUAUUGCAAUGUUAUAAUUAAAGAAACUGUUAGAAAUUAUAUAUUUUAUUGUGAUCAUUUUUAAUAUGUUGCAAAGAGAAAAUCGGUGUCUUGGAAGGACUGUAGAAAUGUAUGUGAGGAACAAUGGUCCCCCUGUCUGUGUGUAAUAAACCUGCCCCGUGCAUAUGUAAUCUUUAA